UUUUAACCUGACCUGCAGGGAUGUUGUGAUUGGUUGCGUAGUACGAUGUGUCAAAAUAUGAUACUGAGAGGCGUGGUGUUGCAGUACAAGAAAUGAUAACAAUGUAAACUGUUGUUGAGCGUCAUGAAGUGUGGUUGACUGGCAGCUUCAAUUUUAAAAUGUAGGAGUUAGUCCGCAUCCCAAAUGGGAGCUGGAAAACUCAACCGUAUCUAACAGGACUUAAUCGUUAUGAUACGGGUGAACCUGAAACUUAUGCUGUUCCUACUAUGUAUUAUUGCGAUAUGUAUGACACUACCUUUGUGGAUGAAGUGUGGGGAAGCUGUAUAUGCCAGAAAAUCUCAUUCUGUAGAUUGGAACAACAAGAAACCUUCAAAUAGUGUUCCAGGUCUAGGUGCAGGUGAUUUGCUGGAUCAUGGUACCGACAUACAGGGCUUUGAGGAAAUUGACUGCAGUAUUAACGGUGAAUAUACAGUGAGCUGCAGGAAAGAAGGGGGAGAAGUAUAUGUACCAUUUUCAUUUCUCAAUAAAUAUUAUGAGGUUUUUGGGAAACUUGCUACCUAUGAUGGGUAUGAAAGAUUUGAAUGGUCUCAUAGUUAUUCCAAGAUUUACAAACCUAAAGGAAAAUAUGAUCCAAAAGGAGUGUUCAUGUAUUUUGAGAACUACAAUGUCGAAGUUCGGGAGAGGGUCAAAUGUGUCAGUGCUGUGGAAGGAGUACCAGUGUCAACUCAGUGGCAACCUCAAGGUUACUUCUAUCCCACACAGAUAGCACAGUUUGGCUUAGCACAUUACAGUAAAAACAUGACCGAGCUAGAACCUCAUCAAGUGGUUGUGGAGGAUGGAGAUAAAGAGAGAGGAAGUUGGAGAGUUCCUAAAGACGCUGAGCUUAAUUAUAUAAAAAAUGGCACAGGGAACUAUAUUGUCUGUUUUAAGAGCCAAGAAAACAUUGUAGAUGGUGUCACAAUACAGCUUGAUCAUGUUAUGGAUUUGGUACUGAGCCUUAACUUCAAGCUCGAGGGCAAUGGUAGUUUCACAGUGACACUGCAGAAUCGUGAGAAGCAUGAGUGGUUCUAUCUACACUACAUCAGCUCUGACCUCCUUAUAUCUGCCCAGGAUCAGCACACCUACCAUGGUAUUGGUCAUCAAUCUGAAUGGCGCCUUCUGACACGUGAUCUCAUCAUUGACCUACAGAAAGGUCUGGCAUAUCAGAAGAAGCCCAAAAGAAAGCUGUUCAGAUCCAAAAUAAAGGUUGUAGCUUUGACAUUUCAUGGAACUGGGUGUGUGGAUAAUAUAACUCUCUCAUCCAGUCAACACAUUGCUCAGUUUUAUGAUGCUGCCCGGUGGCUUGUUAACCACCAAGACGCAAAUACAGGUGGUUGGCCUAAUGCUGUACGCAGGAGGCUGUCGUCUGGAAUGUUAGAUCUUGAACCAGGCUGGUACUCAGCAAUGGGCCAGGGCCAUGCAAUUUCUGUCCUGGCACGUGCAUACCACCAUUCAGGAGGAGACCCACAGUAUCUUCAAGCUGCUGUCGCUGGACUCAAACCAUUUCGUGUGUCAAGUCAGAAUGGAGGUGUGCUAGCAAUGUUUCUUGACCAACUACCUUGGUAUGAAGAAUAUCCUACACAGCCCUCCUCUUUUGUGUUAAAUGGAUUCAUUUAUUCGUUACUAGGACUGUAUGAUUUGCAGACAAUUGCACCAUCUGACACAGCUGCUGAGGCAGCAGAUCUAUUCAAGCGUGGUAUGAGGUCACUCAAGACAUUGCUACCACUGUUCGACACAGGUUUUGGGUCUGUUUAUGAUUUACGACAUUUUACAUUGGGAACAGCACCUAAUCUAGCACGGUGGGACUACCAUGCCACUCAUGUCAACCAACUGCUGUUGCUUGCUACCAUUGAUUCGGAUACCCUUCUGGCAGAAACAGCUGAUCGUUGGGCAGGCUACAUGAUGGGCAAGCAUGCAGCACACAACUGAAGCUGAACAAUUUCUUUACAGCAUGUGAAACAUGUUUUUGGUAAUCAGCUUUAUUUUGUUGUAUGUACUUAUGUUUGUCAUGCUAAACUUCUCUUCGAUGCUAUGCAUGGCUGUAAGAGACAUAACACUGCAUUAUGGUAAGAAUGUUUACAGUAUGAUUUGUUCUUGGUAACAUUACAUGGUAAAUGACUUUGUUUUCUGUUAGUUUUAAUAGAUUUGUACAUUAGGAUGAUAAAUCGGAAGCUUCAUCAUCAUUUGGAAAAAAGAAAUCUUUUAUUGUGUGGGAGUUUGGGGGGGGGGGGGGGGGGAUAAAAAUAAAGCUAAAUCCAAUGAUUAAAUGGAUGCUUAUGAAAGAACUGACUGGCAGUCUUUUUUGGAGUGAAGUUAUUGAAGACUAAUUUUCCCAGUCAGCUUUAAAAAAAAUAAAAAUAAAAAAAAAUUACAGAUGUGUGCCUUACCACACCAAUGUUGAUCCCAUAGUAGGUUCUUAGUAAGUGUCAUUAUUUCAUCAAUAAGUAAUAUUUACUUUUUUUACCAAUGAUAUCGGUAACCUAAUUGUAGCAUGUUGUUGGUUCCUUUCAUUUUUAGUUACAUUUGGAGCACUUUUUAUGCAGAAGUAGGGCAGUUGCCCUGUUUUGUCUGCAAGGAAUUGUUAGUUUCAUUUAUUGUUUUGUACUUUUGAUUUUAUUGACUUUUUUUUAAGAAUUUGAGAUGUGGUCAUCCCUCAGGGUGUAGUAACCUUUCAUAUUGCACUGAAAUUGUCAGCAGAUGUUUUUUAAUAUUAGAAUCUCACAAAGUCAUUUGUCUAUUUGACACUCAGUACACUGUACUGAUAUCAACAAUGUUAUGGUCCCAUGGUUGUUAGUGUUGCCUCGACAUUGCUGGAAUUAUAGCCACUUCAUUGUUCCAUGUUCUAAGAGUGGCAGGUUCUUAAACAGCAUUGCAGGCACAAUGUAGAUUAUAUUAGUGUUGUAGUUAUUCACACUGAAGGCACCACAAACAGAGUGCAAUUUUCUUUCUUGUCAUUGUAGUUGUUUAGAGCUGCUAUGUAGUGUUAUUUCACACAUAACUAAGUGCAUUAUUAGUUUAUAUUAUUUUAGUUUGCUGUAAAUGUUGCCUGUUUUUGAUGGAAAAGGUGCUGGUGGUUUUUUUGAAGAGGUGCUAGUUGUUCAAUAUAACUUAAUUUUCUAUGCAGAUAGUAUGUAUCUUUGGCUGCUAUGAAACAAGGUUGAAAAGUUAAGACACAAAAUCAGUUUUAAGUUAAAAGUACAGUCAUAUAUAAUUUUUAGGAAAAUCUUACAACCAUUUUGAAAUCCUGUCUGUAUACCCCAUGUCUUCCUUGAGACUGAGUAUGUUGUGAACCAUUCUUUUAUAUUUAUUGCAUUGAGAGAACAUUUUACCAAAUUUUGUUGGCUCUUUGUAUAAAGAUCUCAUGUUCUUUUUCACUCAUACACGACUAUGAUGGCUAUGCCAGUAAAGCAUAUAAAUGUUCCUCACCACUAGUUAGGCAUUGCUCAAUAUCAGGCAUCCAGUUUUCAGUAAAACACGUUUUUUUCUGGUGUUAUAAAAAGUCAGCAUCACACGGAAAAGCUGUUCUAAUAACAUGCAUAAUGAAAUUUUUGUGACAUUCACACUCUUACUGUAGGACAAAAAUGUAUUGUGUUUCUGAGUGUUUAUAAGCUUCAGUUUUGUAUAUUAAGAUAUCGUUCACACAAGGAACCCCAAGACAUAAUUAUGAAAAAUUGGUAAAGCUGACACUCUAAGUUUGUAAUGAAUGUUAGGUAGAGGAUCAAUUCAAAACCUGUAAAGAAGGUCUAGUCAUUCAUUUUCCGAAGAUAUUAGUUAAUUGCUAGGUAUGCCUAUGCUUGUAUGGUGUUCGUCAUUGAUCAAUGCAUCUCUUUGUUCAUUCUACCCGUUAUAAUUACUUACUGAUGCACUCAAAAGCUGGUUUGUUGGUAUCACUGUUCUUCAUUUGCAAUUUCUUCGGCUCCUCUUGAUUACUUUGUCAGCUUUGGUUUCUUGCAGUGGAUGUCCUGCUUUUGGAUUUUAAUUAUAUUGAUAAAAAUGUGGUGCAGAAUUUUGAGGAGAGGGUGAUUUGUGUAAACUAAGCUAUAUGAAUUACCAAGCACAUUAGUUGUCUGAUGUCAUCAGUCUUCCAAAAACUAGUUUGUUAAUUUUUCAGAUUUUGAUUUCCCUCCAGCAAAUAACAUGUAACAAAUCUGAGAAAACUGACCUUAAAAGAGGACAUUCCGCGUGCCAGAGAAAUUCUGAUAAUCCAGCUCAGUUUUCAUAUUUAUGGAUAACUGAUUCAGUGUUGCUGCUUUUCUUGAGAGAAAUAUUGUGAUUUAGUCAAAGGGACUUCAGUGUAUGCUAAAAGGAACUUGAAAAGCAAAAAACACCACAGCAACAUCAUAUAGAUAGAUCUUUUUUGUACAACACUAUGAAAUUGUAUUUUCUUUCAAUUCCCCAUGGAAUACUGAAUAUGUCUGCAUAAAGUAGAGAAUGGUUUGUGUCUCCAAACAGAUUUCAUAGUUCUGUGACUUAAUGUUAUCAUGUAAUUAUGUUAAAAAUGAAAGUUGUUCUCUAAAAUAGCUGGGAGUUAUGUAAUAAUGCUGUUGUUCAUUAUUUUGAUGCUAGCUCAAA